AUGGAACACAAGGAGCUAUAUAUUUCAACUGCAGUAGCAGCCGCAGCACUGGGUGUUGGACUUUACCUAUGGUCCAAUAAUCAGAAGAAGAAUUCAACAAUUCCUGGACCUGACGGGAUGCCAUUCAUCGGUGCAUUGCGUGAAAUGCUACCAUAUGCAAGUGAAGGGAGAUUGCAUGAAUUCUUUCACGAAUUGGUAGUCAAAUAUGGUCCCAUUGUGAAUCUGCCGCUGCCAGGUGGAUCAGAAAUGGUCAUUAUUGCGGAUGCCGAAGCAGCUAGAAGUAUACUCUUUAAUCGUGCAGCUGGUCGUGUUGAAAAGAGUGCCGAGUUUCAGAAAUUCACUGUCCUCAAACAAGGAAUGGUAGCGCUCUUUGGCGAGCAACACAAGGUUCACAGAAAACACUUGGUCAAUGCUUUUAUACCAAAUCAACUCAAUCAAACUAUUGGAGCUUCUGCUCACUAUGCUACGAGAUUAAUGAACAUUUGGAAGCAGCAAACGAUAUCUGGCAACAAUGCCAUUACAGUCGACAUUUACAAAUCCAUGAUGGCCAUGACGACGGAUGUGCUUGGUAAAAUUCUGUUCUCUCACGAAUUCAACUCCUUGGAUCGAAUUGCAGACCCGUUGCCUGUUCAUGGUGCAUUUGAAGUCGCAAUGGAUAUGAUGGUGACCGUUCCUGCAAAGAGAGCUGGAAAACCUGAAAUCUUGUGGGACUGGUACGGGAUUUCUCAGGCUCAGCUUAAAGCUGCUCUCAAACCUGUGUACGAUCUCUUGAAUGAAGUCAUUAUCAAGAAACGUUUCGAAAUCAAAAAACAUGGCGGAAGACGUCCUGGAGCUGUUCGAGACUUGAUUGAUUUGUUGCUAGAGGCUGACGAAACUGGUCGAGAGAAAUUCAGUCCUGAAGAGAUCAUUGAUGAAGCAGCUACCUUCUAUCUGGGUGGCCACGACACUACUGCUUCCACGCUCACAUGGACAUUCUUUGAGCUCUGUCAACAUCCCCAUGUGGUCAGCAAACUCCAAGAUGAGAUUGAUAACAUGAUUGCCAGCCGAACUGAUUUAGACAACAUUCAUUUGGCUCGCUUCGAAUACUUGGAUCAUGUUUUUUCUGAAGUACUGAGACUACAUCCGCCAACCGUCAUGGCAAACUGGCGUACUGCUGUGACCGAUCUUCAAGUUAUGGGUCAUCGUAUUGCCGCUGGCUCUCGAAUCAUGAUUGCCAUUCGAGAAAUUCAACGAUCUGACGCUUACUGGACUGACGCUCAAGAUUUCAAUCCUGGCCGAUGGGCUAAUUUGAAAGCUGGGCAUGAAUACUUGCCAUUCAGUGAUGGAGAAUAUAAAUGUAUCGGUCACAAAAUGGCGACUAUGGAAGUAAAGGCUACAAUGGUAGCUAUUCUCAGCAAGUACACACCACGUUUCGUUAGUGGUCAAAAUCCACGUGGAAUCUAUUCAGCUACAUUGGCCCUCAAGAAUGGAUACAUGGUUGAGAUGGUCGAACGCCAUCUUUGA